UACCGGGCGCAUAAGAUCUCACGUGUAAAUGCUUGCGAGCAAGCUGUUGUUGGUUUUUUAAAAAACGGACGUUACAGUUAUUAUCUACAGUACAAGUAAUAUCAGGUGCAUGUCAAAGCAGGAAGUCAUGAAUUCUAUAGCGCAUAAGUUUGCCGAACUGUGUGAACCAAAAUCAUCUUUUGAUCCCGAGGACGAUUUAUGUGAAGAAACAACUGCGAAACUUGUUGAUAAAGUCAACUUCGAAGAAGAAAAUGAGAAUUUAAGUUUCUCCAACAAAAGAUUUCAAGUUAGGAACGAACACGAUAAUGUAGGGAUUUAUGAAGGAAAGAAAACAACUAGAAGUGAAUUGAAUGGCAAUAUAUCAAACGAAGAUGAUGAAUAUGAAGACAUCUAUGAGCAAGAGGAUUCUUCAGCUGAUGAGCUUCAAGUUGAUUAUGACGAUAAUGAAGAAAUAGAUUCUGAUGAAGCAAUGGGGGAAGACGACACAGAAUUAUUUGAGAUGUUUAAAACUAAAAGUUCCGAACACAAACAAAUAAAUAAAGGACAAGAUACAAUAAAUCAACUAAACCUUUGGGAGAUUUUAUUGGAAAGUCGAAUAAAAAUGCAAAAACUUGUCUCACUUUCUAACCAGCUACCACGACCAAACAUACAUGAUGUGUGGCUGGACAAGGAAGGUGAAACAUUGAAAUCAUAUAUUUCAUCAUCAACCAAAUCCCUGAACAAACUUGGCGACAAAUUAAGUGAAUUACAAUCAGCAUUAAUCGCACAGGAUCCUGAAUAUGGUGAAGGUGAAACCAGAACGAAACUAGCAGCUGGGAAAACAUUUGACCCAGAUCAAUGGAAUUCUGUCAUUGGCCAACAAUACGCUGUGCUGAAAACCUCAAGGAAUAAACGUUUACAGUUGUGGUAUGAUAAGACAAGAGUGUCAUCUCACAAAUUAGAUAAAUCAUUUAACAAGUUUGAGCGAUCCACUGUGUCACAAAUUGACCAUGUACUUUCUGACCGAUCACGACUUAUAAAACGAACGCGAUUGAAACGAUCCGCAUACCACGUGUUGGGGAAUAUUGAGAAUGAAAAUCAGAGUGAAAACAAUCAGUUAAACAGCAUUGAUGAAGAAAUUUUUGACGAUGACGAUUUUUACCAUCAACUACUACAAAAGUUAAUUGAACAAAAAUCAAGUUCUGUUGUUCAAGAUGGUAUUGCAGACUCUGUUGAAAUGACUAGACAAUUCCUGAAGCUGCAAAGAUUGCGAACCAAAGCAAAGAAAACGGUUGAUACUAAAGCUAGUAAAGGAAGAAAAGUAAGGUAUCAUAUACACCCAAAACUUGCAAGUUUUAUGGCGCCAAUAGACGAUACAACAUGGACCCACGAAUCCAGGAAUAGAAUUAUUAAAUCUUUAUUCGGUAAAUUAUCAUUUGAGGCUGAAGAAUAAAACAACACUUUUUGUACACAUUGUACGCAAAUAUUGGACAAUAAAUUAAAUAUUGCAAAGAUUGUAAAACAAAUAGGAAAUUAUUUGCUCCUUAUGGUUAAAGUUAAAAAAUAAAUAAAUAAUAUUAAAAAGUUUGAUACAUUGUAUUAUGUUUAUUGUACUAUGCACAAAUACUUUUUCAAUGGUUCUAUAAAGCAAAUUUUUACCAG